AUGGCCAUGGCUUUGGCAAUAUUCAAUGAAUAUGCUGGGGUGCUUUCCAACGUCAAUGCAUGUCGCGAAUUCUUCAGUUGGACUGCAUCAGUUAUAACGGCCACUCGUUCUUCACAGAACACUUCAGAGUUGCGAGAUGAAGACAAGACAGCUGCCCAACAACAGACUGAAGAGGAAAUUGAGCGGCUGAAGGAUGAUCUUUGGAAGCUGGAGACAACAAUGCCCAAGAUGCUUGACCUCAUUGAUCGGGUCGAAUACCAAAGCCAUAAGAAACAAGCGGCUGAUCUCCUCCCGCAUAUCAAGGAUGCAGUCUUCGAAGCGGAGGACCUGCUUGACGAGCUUGAUUAUGAUGCGCUCAAGUGGAAAGUUGAGUGCAGCAAGAAUUUGGGGCUAGACCAAUUGCGUGAUACCUGUCUGGAAUUCUACGAAAGUGUCAGAUCUAAUGAUUACAUCAGAAAAGUCAACAGAAUUCAAAAAAAUCUAGAUCAUGUCCAUAAGCAGUCCAUGGAAAUGGGCUUGCACCAAGCACCUCUAAAGUUUGAUAAAUCUGUUAGGCCAGAAACAACUUCCUACUUUAACUGUGAGGAAAAAAUGAUUGGCCGUGAAAAAGAAAUGAAGGAGUUGGUGGGAAAACUAGGAGUUCAUUCACGGAAGAGAGGAAGGACUGAAAGCAAAGCAAGAAUGACCGAGUUGCAUGUGUUUUCCAUUGUAGGCAUGGGAGGGGUUGGAAAGACAACUAUGGCCCAACACAUCUGCAAGGAUACAAAUGUGAAGAAUCACUUUGGUGCCAAAAAUAUAAUUUGGACAUGUGUUUCAGAUGACUUUGACAUAAAACGGUUAACGAAAGACAUUGUAGAGCGCCUGGGAGGAGAUGCUUCAUCUAAUAGUCUGGAAGUUCUUAUGGGUAAAUUAGAAGGCUGUGUCAAGUCCAAAAAGUUCUUACUUGUCCUUGAUGACAUGUGGGGUGAUAUCUUGAAGGAUGAUGGGGUGGAAUGGAAGAGGUUUUGUGCGCCUUUGAAAAAUGGCGUCGAAGGAAGUAGGAUUUUGGUCACCACUAGAUCUCCCGAGGUUGCUAAGCUAGUUGGCCCUAUGAAUAAUUAUGAGUUAAAGGGCUUAAAAGACAGUGUAUUCUUGGAGUUCUUCAAAUUCUGUGCAUUUGGAUCCAAGACUUUGGGCAACAACAGGGAGUCAUUGGAGCGCAUUGGUGAAAUAAUUGUUCCAAAGUUGAAGGGUUCCCCAUUGGCUGCCAAGACUAUUGGACGCUUGCUGAGAAUGGAUCUAAGUACAACACAUUGGGGAAAUAUAAUGGAAAGUGAACUGUGGCGAUUAGAACAAACAGAGACCGACAUUUUGCCAGCCCUUCGACUGAGUUAUAUGUACCUGCCGCAGAAAUUGAAAAGAUGCUUCUCAAUCUGUGCAAUGUUUCCCAAGGAUUACAAAUUUGCGAAGGAUUUUCUAGCUGACAUUUGGAUUGCACUAGGAUAUGUGGAGUCAGCCCAAGAAGCAUCAAUGUGCUUUGAUGCCCUUGCAAAUCGUUCUUUCUUUCAGAAAGCAUCACCACAUAGUGUUAAGUAUGUAAUUCAUGAUCUGAUGCAUGAUACGGCACAACUAGUCUCAAAGAAUGAGUGCUUCAUUAUAAAGCAUGCUAGUGACCUAGAUAAAGUUCCUUCAAACGUCCGUCAUCUGUCAAUAUUCACGAACGGAGAUGUUCAGUGUUCUGAAUUGAAGAGCAUAUGUAACAAGAAAAAUCUGCGGUCCCUGGUGUGCGAUGAAUCAUACAGCAAAGCAAAAGAUUUUGAGUCUAUGAUGGACUGUUGGUUCAAGGAACUAUUGAAAAUCUGCGUAUUUAGUUGUAAACUCUCCAAAGUAAGACAGCUACCUGAGAACAUGGGCAAUUCAAAGCAUAUGCGUCACCUUUGUUUACUUGGAAGUUCUAAUUUCAGCACAUUUUCCUUCAUCAGUUUGUCGUCUGCAUCAUGUCGAAGUUAUAGACCGUGGCAGUUCUGUGAUUGA